UUCUUUGGAGGGUCCAUUAAAGAACGUGGGGAUCACCAAUUGGAGAUUUAGAGUUGACUGUAAGGAUGCGUAAAUGGACUGGACUGUGUUAAUAGCGCUUAAACCAGACAAAAGGCUGCAAGCACUCACUUCAAAGAACUGGGUGAUCCAUUAUGAAUUUGCGUGUAUUAUACGAAGUCAAAUUCUAAUAGUAAUUCAUAAUAGCUGUGGACGAUUUAGGAUUAGUCCAGUUAUGGAGUCUCCCGAUUUUUAUGAGUGCAUAUACCAGGCAUGUCACUUAAGGGAAGUGAGUCUUCAAAGGUUUGACCCAGUUCUGUGGUAUCGUGCAUAUCCACUGUCUGAGAAUGGAUUAAUGGUUCUUCGUUUAGGAUUGUAUGAAGAAGGUACACACGGUCCUUCUAAACUUGUAUUGGAUUUGGGAAUAUAUGAUAUUUUGAAUUGUAAUGAAGAGUCCAUCCAUAACAAUUUGCUUCCUCUCCUGUCAUACAUGUUUUUGGGUUUAUAUCUACCUUUUUUCCGCUCACGAUACUACUCCAUAGCAAAUUUCAUCUCGGAGUUCAGGCGGAAUUUGGACAGAGCAGGCAUAAUUGAAUCAACGAAAUACAAACGAGUAUUUAACUUGCUUUUCUCUGGUAUGUGCUCCUUUUUUACUGCCUACAAAAGGCUUGACGAAGAUGUACUUAAUGUAACAAGAAAUGGAGGGAUUCCCCAAAAUCUGAUGCAAGCACAAGAAGAGACUCUGUUAUUCAUUGGACCUGCGGGAACACAUUGUUUCAUUCAUUUUUUGGCAUCCUACUUUGUGUACAAUAGUGUUACUAGCAGGGCCUUGAAAAUUUCCUAUAAUUCAAGUGUUGAAGGCUUUUGGAGAAUUGCCUCCCAUUCUCUACUCCUCUCAUUGGAGAAGACAAGAGAACCUCGGAUCGCUGAAGGGAAGCUCCAGGAGACUUCGAGUCAUCACCUGCUAAAUUGCAUCCUUCAAUUCGGACACACUGUUAAUAUCUGCCCACAUUGGAUUGAAGUUUGCCUACAGAUGGAUAAUGUCACAUGUGAUGUGCUUCCACCAUUGCACUGUGAUGUUCCAAAUGAACAACACUUUCCAGCCAAGAUUUGUUUGACAGCUGGCCCUGAGAAUGGAUUCGGUGUUCAAUCCGUUUCCUUGAGUGUAUCAUCACCCAACCCCAUCACACACAUUGGUAGGGAGAACUCGUACGAGGCUACAUUUGAAACACCUAAUGUGAUGGGCGUUAAGGCUUCUGCUUCAACUACAUUAACAGAGAAAAUUAAGAAUUGGGGCUUUGAACAGUCGACCAUCAAUGGUACCGAUGCAAAGAUGGACUGGACUCUGUAUGAUUCCACCACCGGAAAGCCGGUAUAUAACAAUGAGCUUCCAAAGUCGUCAUUCUUCGGCCACAAGAUGUCGUCCAUCGGUAGAUACGUUAAGGCAUGCAGAGCUUUUACCGAGCAAGGAGGCGUGGUCUUUGCCAAGGAUGAUUAUGGAAAGCCCAUAACAUGGAGGCUCAACAGGGAUCUGGAGGGACAGACAUUGAAAUGGAUUGUUAAAGCUUCCAUCUGGUUAACCUGUUUGCCGAAUACUCGAUAUUCACACACUAGACGCCAUGAUUUUCAACAAGUAGUUGAUCUCAAAUUGUAGACAACUUCCACACCCAAUUGAAUUUUCAGAGUUGUGACCAAUUUCAAGGAAGCAGAGUAGUUGCUACUCUCUUAUUUUCUGUUACAUACUAUGGUGGUGUAUGCUUUACAAUAUUCACUAAUGAAGAAAAGAGGUGUAGUAUGGAAAAAUGUUGUUGAAAUUGUAAACUAUGCCAUUCAUUUAUCCUCUAUCUGUAUGACAUUUAUUAACAUGGUGAUUCUUUCUAAUCUUUGAAGUAUAAUUGUACUAUUUUUUCCAGAUUAGGUGUUAUACUCUUAGUAGCAGUUUCAAGCUUUCAAGUUUGAGCUUCCAAAGGAGAGAACAGUUCCAUCUAUAUAUUGAGUCCUUAACAAUCACAAUUUAGCCACAUAUAGCAUAUUUGUAACAUAUUAAUUAGCAGCAUCAAUUGUAGGCUGUUUCUCUUUCUGCUUUUUUGUAUGUUCAAACAGUUUUCUGUUCGGACAGUUUCGGUUUAGGCAGUUUAAUUGUUCUCUCACUCCCUUUAAAUGUACUCUCCAUUUUUAAUUUGAGACACAGUUUUUGCCA